CAUUUCAAAAGGUGUCAUCAUUUUUAUUGGAAAAAGUUCUGGCUGGUUGGUAGUAUCAGAUCAUAUGUCGUGGACUCAGGAAAUGUCUUAAGUCAUGUUUUACGAGAACUCCGCAUGGAAGAAACACAAAAACUGUGGAGCUUCAUCUCUUCUCCCCAUGACUCCCAAGAAACCUCAACAGUGGCUGCAAGUGGUCGGACAUGCAGGGAGCUUUCAUGUCGGGGAUUACGGCACACUGUUGAAGAGAUUUUGUGAGAGAGAGCAACAAUGCUACCUCAGGCUGAUGGAGGACUCUCUGAGGCCCUUUGUUCCAGCCUACCACGGCGUGGUGCAGCGGGACGAGCAAGAUUACAACAUGAUGGAUAACUUGCUGACCCAUUUCAACACACCUGCCAUAAUGGACUGCAAGAUGGGGAGCCGCACAUACCUCGAGGAGGAGCUGCAGGUGGCCAGAGAGCGGCCCCAGCCUCGUAACGACAUGUAUGAGAAGAUGGUGGCUGUGGACCCAGAGGCCCCAACAGUCCAGGAACGAGCCCAGCGGGCGGUGCUGAAAACCAGGUACAUGCAGUGGAGGGAGACGCUGAGCUCCACGACAACUCUGGGCUUCCGUAUCGAAGGAUUCCAGAAGUCAAAUGAAGAAUGUCACACAAACUUCAAAAGGACCAAAAGCAGGGAGCAAGUAAUGGAAGCACUGGACAACUUUGUCGAGUCCAAUACACACAUCGUGUGGGGCUAUCUGAGACGGCUGAAACAACUGCGGCAGGUUUUGGAGGAGUCAGACUUCUUCAGAACACAUGAGGUGGUGGGCAGCUCCUUACUGUUUCUACAUGACUGGACAGGCAGAACAGGAGUCUGGAUGAUUGACUUCGCAAAGACAGCUGCGUUGCCGGCUCACCUCACCUUGGACCACCGCACUCCCUGGGUAGAGGGCAAUCGAGAAGAUGGCUACCUGUGGGGUUUGGACAACCUCAUUGAUAUACUUGCCAGCAUGCUGCCGCUGACCUGAACGCCACUCUACAGGUGUGGAAAUUUACUCUCAAUCCUUUCGUCACCCCUCAUAGGUGAGUGACUGCCAAUGGACUGAAAUGGUUGAGUUUUCAGAAUUGAAAAUACAGUAUGAGGGUAAAGCAAAUGGGGAUGGGAAUGAUUACAGUCAAAACACAUUACGCAAAAUGUGUUAUCGAGUACUUACUUCCAGACUACUUUUUUUCCUGUAAAUUAGGCCUACAACUUUGAUCAAAAGGUUAUCGCAAUCUGAGCCGCGUAAAAAGCUUGGCCUCAACUCACCCGCACCGCACUGCCACUAACAAUGAGCAUCCUCUGUAAGAGACAGAGUAAAGUUUCCAGCCUCCGCAUGAGAGGUCCGAUCCUACCGAUGACCCGCUCAUUAUUUCAGGAAACACAGCACAAGCAAUUAUAAGCCAAAGAUGAGGCCGCCCCUUCUGGCUGGAGAUGAUCAGCAGUUUAAAUGUCACACUGUGUCAUUAAAAAGGUGCUAAAAUAUAAAAGUGGACUUAUUUCCUGUGUUUCUUAAAUUAAUGUGUUGUCAUUAUUGUCAUUAUUAUUUUUUUUUACAUUAGAUUGUGAAAUAAUUUAACCAUUUUCAUGUAGGAGUAAAGAUUAUAUUCCACCUUUAAGACAAGACUUUACUUUGGGAAUUCAGUUAUAAUCGAUGUCAAGUUAUGUUUCAAUUUUGUAAAGUUAAAUUACACAAAACGUUAAUAAUUGAGACCAAAAAAAGGUAGGAUAAUAGGCAGGGUGUUCCUUGUGAUCCAGCAAGAUUAGUGGUGAUGGUGAUUUAUGGGGUUAAUGGUUUAAUUUUUACAUUAAAUUUUAUAUUACUCUC